AUGGAAAUGUGUCUACCCAGUGGUCCCAAAUGUCAAAUCAAUAAUUGUUACAUGAUCCCACCAUCUCCACCGUCCUACUCAAUGGCUCCAAUGCUCUCUUCAAUGCCAAUGUCUCCUGCAUCUCCACAACAAAUGUCAUCCCAAAUGUCUUCGUACUCGAUUCCUCCACCUUCCAUACCGUAUUCUCAUGGUGCUUCAUCCGUAAUGAUGGGCUCCCAAACUCCAUUUUUAUCUGCUCUCGACCCUCCACUCCCUCCAGUUUCCUCAUCUGCAUAUACCCUUUCAGCUCCUACAAUCGACAAAUCUCAAUAUGAAAUAAGUCCAGAAGUGUCACGUUGGGAUCGUCAGGAGCCAGAAUACAAGCAUGUCGAUGAGGCUGAAGCCGUCGUUGCUCCAGAUGUAAUUGUGGCGGAUACGGUAGAUGAGAAUAGUACAAGCAGUGAUAAAGUGGAAAAGGUGCAUGAUAAUGAGCGAUUGGCGAGGAUGGAUUUGAAAUAUGAAGAGCCAGAACCAACACCAUUCGAGAACGGAACAGUCACUUUCCAUGCGUGGUUUGUUCGGAAAUUAUGA